AUGGAUAUUUUUAGCCCAUCUGACUUUACCCAUGACUCUCUCCUCUGCUAUGAAUCUAUUAAUGGAUCCUGCCGGAAGAUUUCGAGACCCUUGGACAUCCAGAUUUCAAUGUUUAUUGGCAUGGCCAUAACAAUCCUGGUGACUCUGACUGGAAAUAUACUGGUGAUCGUUUCAAUAGCGCACUUCAAACAGCUUCACACGCCAACCAACCAUUUAAUUCUGUCUCUGGCCAUGUGUGACUUUACAUUGGGCAUUUUCGUGAUGCCGCUAAGCUCCGUGCGAUCUGUCUACGGUUGCUGGUACCUCACAAACUUCAUGUGCAAGUUACACACAGGAAUGGACAUCAUGCUGAGCACUGCAUCCAUAUUCCACCUCUUGUGUGUAUCGACUGAGCGUUUCUGCGCCGUGUGCAGCCCGUUGACGUACCGCUCUCGCUUCCGUUCAGCCACCGUGCUGUUUCUGGUCUCGGCUAGCUGGCUCAUUCCCGGAGUCUUUGCCUACACCAUGGUUUUUGGAGAACUAAACAUCAGAGGCGAUGAAGCUUUCUUUGACACCAAUUUCCGCUGUGUAGGAGGUUGUCACGUCUUUUUCAGCCAUGGAUCAGCUGUGGUCACAUCGAUGGUUUCGUUUUUCAUCCCAGGAUUGAUUAUGUUUUUGAUCUAUGCCAGGAUUUACAUGGUCGCUAGAAGCCAAGCGAGGUCCAUAAAUGUUUUGGCCAAUCAGCUCAGGAUGCACCAUCACAAACCCAGAAUGUUUAGGUACCGAACCAGGAAAGGAACGAUGACGAUUGCCAUUGUGGUUGGAGUUUUUCUCAUCUGCUGGUCUCCGUUCUUCUUCUGCAACAUCAUUGACCCGUUUGUUGAUUACAAAAUAUCACCUGCACUGAUUGAUGCCCUGGUCUGGUUUGGAUAUUUGAAUUCUGCCCUAAAUCCUUUCAUUUAUGCAUUUCUGUACCCUUGGUUCAGGAAAGCUUUGAGGAUCAUCAUCAGUGGACAAGUGUUUCACAGGAAUAGCUGCAGAAUUCAACUCUAUUCAUGA